AUGGCAACAACAAAAUGGCCAUUCAGGGGUGAAUGGGCUAUAAAGCACUUCACAUGGUUUAAUAAAAUGGAUGCAUCAAUCUAUGAGAGGCACGAGCAGUGGAUGGCUCAAUAUGGUCGUGUAUACAAAGAUAGUGAUGAAAAAGACAAUCGGUUCAAAAUAUUCAAGGAAAAUGUAGAAAGAAUAGAAUCAUUUAACAAAGCCACCAAUAAGCCUUACAAGCUUGGUGUCAAUCAAUUUGUGGACCUCACAAAUAAAAGAGUUCAAAGCACGCUACAAACUCAAGAGGCGUGUUUGCUCUACAGAGGCAGUUUCCUUCAAGUAUGA